GCCUGUGUGCUGCUCCAGGAGGGAGGCACCACGCGUGCUUUGGCGUGCUGUUUGUUCUUUCUUUUUUUGUAUAGUAACAUCUCCUGUCUUCAUCUCCGUGGUUUAAGCAACUAUUGAUUGCAAGUUCGAAAUGUUUCUGAAGAGGAACUCAACAGUGCCUGAAGCAGGUCCACCAUGCCGUUAGUAACGAGGAACAUUGAGCCAAGGCACCUGUGCCGUCAGACGUUGCCUAGCGUUCCGAGCGAGCUGGAAUGCGUGACCAACAUCACCCUGGCAAAUGUCAUUCGACAGCUGGGCAGCCUGAGUAAAUCUGCAGAAGACAUAUUUGGAGAGUUGUUUACUCAAGCCAACACCUUUGCCUCUCGGGUGAGCAGUCUCGUCGAGAGAGUUGACCGCUUGCAAGUCAAAGUCACUCAGCUGGAUCCCAAAGAGGAGGAAGUCUCCUUGCAAGGCAUUAACACCAGGAAGGCCUUCAAAAGUUCUACCACUCAGGACCAGAAGCUCUUUGACAGAGAUUCUCUCCCUGUGCCUGUGCUUGAAACCUACAGGACCUGCAAUACCCCUCCACCUCUCAACAUCCUCUCACCUUACAGGGAUGAUGGCAAAGAGGCGCUUAAAUUCUACACAGAUCCUUCAUAUUUCUUCGACCUUUGGAAGGAGAAAAUGCUUCAGGACACCAAGGAUAUCAUGAAGGAAAAGCGGAAACAUAGGAAAGAGAAAAAGGAGAAUCCAAACCGAGGAAAUGUGAAUCCACGGAAAAUCAAAACCCGGAAAGAGGAGUGGGAGAAGCUGAAAAUGGGACAAGAAUUUGUUGAGUCAAAGGACAAGCAUGGUCCUGCUGGGUACCCCUCCAACAUGGUGUAUCAGAACGGCAGCAUCGGCUCCAGCGAGAGCAUGGACGGGAACUGCUACCCGCCACCGCCACAGACUGACUCCAUUGUGCCACCACCUCCCUCGUUCCCAGAUGACAGCCUGCCUCCACCCCCGGUGGAAUUUAGCUAUCCUGCAGACAACCAAAGAGGUUCUGGUUCUGGAGGGCCCAAACGAUCCAGCCUGGUUAGCCCGAGCCACCCACCACCGGCUCCUCCGAUCGGAUCCCCCUCGGCAGCCAGGCCGGGCUUUGCUCCCCCUCCAGCUCCUCCUCCACCGCCACCUCUGAUGGAAAACACGCCCCCUCCACCACCUCCCAUGGGCUUCCCCUCCCCGGGAACCCCGCCGCCACCCUCGCCCCCUUCCUUCCCCCCUCACCCUGAGUUUGCUGCCCCUCCACCUCCCCCGCCUCCCCCCGCAGUCGACUAUUGCAGUGUUCUCCCAGCUCCGCUGCCGCAGCCGGGCAGUGGGAUUGCGCCGCCCCCGCCGCCGCCCCCGCCUCCUCCAGGCCCUCCACCCGUGGCUUCCAGCGGCCUGGAUGGCCCCCCACCCCCUCCUCCACCCUCUGACACCUCCACAUCCAAGCCCAAGUCAUCCUUGCCUGCGGUUAGCGAUGCCAGGAGCGAUCUGCUUUCUGCUAUUCGGCAAGGCUUCCAGCUGCGCAAGGUGGAGGAGCAGCGGGAGCAGGAGAAGCGGGAUGUCGUGGGGAACGACGUGGCCACCAUCCUGUCGCGCCGCAUCGCGGUGGAGUACAGCGACUCCGAGGACGACUCCUCCGAGUUCGAUGAGGAUGAGUGGUCGGAUUAGCCACGCUCCCAUCCCCUCCUUCCCUUCUCUUCUGGGCUCGCUUCUUACAGAAUCAGGUGGCCAAACCUUGCACCACAUCCUUCUCGUCCUGUAACCAAAGAUGUGCCAAGGGUUUUCACACAACCAGCAGCAUAUCUCCCCUCUCCCUCCCCCUCCAGCUUUGGCAGGACUGUGUGCUCUGCCUUUCCAGAAGGUCUCCUCACAGACACUGAGGAUGCGGCGUUAGGAUUUAGCUGGAGGGGGUGUAACGGUUGCUUAUUUAAAAGAGAGCUAAACCUCCAGAUUUUUGAUGCCACCAGGCAGAGCACAUAUAAACCCUCCAUCCUGAGGGAUUUUUAAAGUAAAGAUGGAUGAUCCUGUUGUGGCCAUGUGGCCUUUUGGAUGAAGGACAUUUUCAGCUGGUUUUCUCAGUGCAACAGCAGACAGUUGAUCUGAUGGCUCUUCCUUGCCAGUGAAUACUGGUAGUGCUGCAAGAAAAUGGGCUUUAAAUGUCAGUUCUCUGCUGCACCCCACUGUCAAAUAAUCAGGUUUUUGGCAAUAGUGCACAAUUCUUUCCCCCUGACCCCUGAGUAUUAAUUCCAGAUCACCCUGUGUGGGGUGCACUUCCCAGCUCCGAGGCUGCUGAGUGCCUUUGGUGCAGUGUAAGGAGAGACAUUUUUAUUUUAGAAGCUGCCUUUACCUUCCUCAAAUCUCCUGGACUGCUUUGCCAAGAGGAGACUUGCACAGAGGGAUGUAAAACCAGGGCAGGAUGCUUGCUCAGCUUCCCACUCUGGGGAAGGCAGAGCCACUGCCCCACUGAGACACAUCUGUGGUCAGCUCUGAGUGGUGGCCAGACCUCACCGGGCUGAUUUUCUCCAAUUCAUGCUGAGAUUGUGUUUUAAAAUUCCAAAUCCAGUGCCUGAGACAGGGAGACGGGGUGGGGAGGGGCUCUCUGAGCACCAGGCACUGUGGUGGUCUUUGGCCUGCCAGGGCAGUUUGAGAGGUGCUUUUUUAGCAAGGUGACCAUACUUUUAACACAGGGACUUAAAUGCUGGUAUUGCCUUUGCUUCUUCUCCCUUCCCCCUAGGGAGGGGAGUUUGUGUGCCUAAAAACAUUGUGUGUGUGAACUGAGUUGCCCGUCAGUUACAUCAGACCUAACCUACCCUAAUUUUGUUAUUAUAAUUCAUCAGUUAAUUUUAAGAGAAUGUUUUUUCUCCUCACUAACCCUGUGAAUUAAUUCCCAGGCUGCUCACUAUAGAUCCAAUACUGGCAGGGGAAAACGGGGAAUUUGAACUAGCUGACCUCGGUUUUAUUGCUGUUUUAUGUUACCUUACAUAGAAUAUGAGUGUAUCUUGGAAAUCUAACCCAGAUACCCCUGAUGUGUAUUUUAAUUUGGACGUGACUCAGUAAGGGUCAUGCAAAAAGCAAUUCCAAAGCCUUUUUGAGGUUAUGGGUCCAGCUGUUGUGGGAUGUGUGUCCCACUAAGACCAACUCUCCCAUCUUUUUGCCUUUCCUAAAGUAUUUCACCAGCUUGUGCCUGUCUCUCUUCCCUGCCUCGCCUCCUUUAAUGAUGUUGCUGAUACCUGGAACACUGGGCCCUGCCCAAGGCUUGCUGGAAAUCCUGCUUGGGAGUUGAUUGAUGGCUUCAGCUUGUGCCAUCGAGUUCUUACUGAUUCCUUGUGUGUGUGAAUCUUGGCCGGGGCAGAGAUUGCCCGGAGGAUGGGCUCAGGCGUGCAGAUCCUGCUGUUCCCAGUGAGACCCCAGAGAUUCCCUGGAUGGCUGCGCCAUCGGGCUUUGUCUGCAGGCAGGAUGAGAGGGCGUGGGCAGCCAGGCAUCCCGAUGGGCUGCGAACGUCUGAGCAGCACUAGUGCCAGUUUCUGGAAGAGGGAACAAACCCCUGGAGUGCAGGUGAGCUGUGAUGCAGUGGAGAGACUUGGAAAUGCAAAGGGAAGGUUGCUGCAAGCUGGGUGAGGGGAUGAGGGAGGCACUGCCUCGUUCUGCUGCUCUUUCUGAGAGCAUCCUCCUCCGGCUGACAAGUUCCAGAGACAAUUUCCUGGGAAAAAUGGGCCCUGAGCUAACCCAGGCUGACAGCAGGAUCACACAGGGAAGUGAGGAGCCCGAAAAUGCCAAACCUGGCUAAAUUUGAGAUUGCCUUAACUAGACUUAGCCCUUGUUGGGAAAGGGGAGUGAGUCUUUCUGUUACCUGAAAUACCAAAAAGUGCCAUAUGGCCUGAGCCCCGAUGGAUGGUGUGUCAGGCAGGGCCGUGCCUGGGGUGCUGGGACACGUCCCCUCACUGCCUAUUGCACAAGGACGCUGCUGUGUGGGCACGACCGCGGGUGGAGGUGGCUCCUCUGGCCCCCAGGCAGCAGGAGGGACGCUGCCUUAGCCCUGCAAGCCUGCUGGAAACACCCUCUGCUCCCAAAUCUCAUCCCAGGGCAGGGAUCAAAACUGCAGGAUCCUAAACAGAAGGGUUGUGGAGAGGUAGGGGAGGUUGCUUGUUGGAGUGUUUUUUAAGUUUCCUUUGAUUCCUGCAGCAUUUUUUUCCCCUAAAUCUUUGAUUGCCGAGCAGGCUCAGCCUGUGUGGGGAUCCCUGAGAAACAGCUGCUCAGAGAGGGGCCAUCUCUGAGUAUGGUUGCAGAAUCGCAGAGCUCUGGGCCACCAAGUGAGCUCAGUGUUUUUGAAAGCAGCAGGGGAGGAGGAGAGGUGCCAAAACCAACCUUUGCAAGACAGAGCAGCUGUGCUGGAAGUGCAGGGGUGCCCUACCACCUCUGCCCUCAUGUCGUGGGCUCUUUCUCCUUCCUCCCCUCUCGUGGGGGCUGGGGUGAACCUCAAGCAUUUCCCAAAGCCCAGGGCAGGAGCUGGUGCUCCCCACGAGCAGCCUCCCGCGCUCCUUGCAGCCAUUUCGCCCAUCCUGGCAGCCGCUGGCUCGGGGCUGCAAGUCCGGGCAGGCACGGCCGCCUUCCUUCCCUUCCCUGGUUAAACAUUCUCCCGGUGUCCUCGCCCGCAGUGCUUGGCUGCCGCUCCCGGCAGCCUCUCCCCCGCCGCCCCCUCCCUCGCUGGGAAAGCCUCGUCCCGGCUCCCCGGGCUCAGCCCGGAGCCGGCGCAGCCGGUGACCUUCACUGCUUCUCCUCUCCUUAUCAGAGCCAGAGCACCAGGCCAGAGCCAGGGAGGGGGCUCCCGGAGGUCCCAGAUGGCUGAGGAAUCGUGCAGAGUGUCAUUUCAGGGAAAGGGUAGAUUGGAUUUUAUUUUUUUUUUUUCAGAACAUGAACUUAUUUAACGUGUUUCUUUUGGAAGUCCCUGCCCUGGAGGGGCUCUGGGACGGAGCUGCCUGGCAGGGCAGAUGCAGCUGCCCCGGGUCAGGUUUCACUGCUGUUGGAUUUCGGGGGUGCUUUCUUCUCUUCCUUUUUAAACAAAGCCUUGAAGUGGAAGUGGAUCCGAUGUUUUUAUUACUGUAUUAACAUUCAUUUUAAUUCACUUCAGAAACUAACCCAUUUUUCUUCCUGAUUAGAAUGUCAUAGAAUUAGACAAGCUGUAACCCUUCCUGAAGUGCCUUAUUUUCCUACAUGAUAUAAAUAUAUUUAUAAGAGUAAUUAUUCCACUUGUAUAUUAGGGGUUUAUUGCUGAGCAGGAGAUGAGGUGGGAGAGGAGGGAUGGGAAGUGCCCUCCAUGGACCCAGCCAGGCUGAGGGUCAGAAGGGCGACGUUUGAUGGAUACUCUCAGGGUGCAGGGGGUUCCUCACUUCAGACCAAAGGAGUUUCAGCACUGAAACUCUGCUUAGAAAGAAGAAAAAAGGAUGGAAAACCCCAAACUUGUGAGCAAAAUACUAUAGAUUUGUCAGGUUUGUUUUUUUUUUACCCCUGCAAAAUAAACACUGAUGGCCGGACUCUGCAGGGAGGCAGUGAGUGUGGGGGAGCAGAGCCUGCCUCUGGUCCAUGCUUGCACACCCCAGUGCAGACUCCCUGCCUUCUCUAUUCCCAUGUAAUGUCUGUGCUUUUCCCUGUCGGUUGCUGUAUAAGCCAGAUUUCCUGCUGCUCUGUUUUGUUGUUUUUAAUAAUCAGCUCAGUAACCCCUGGAUGAAGAUCCCAACUGCAAAUAUUUUGUAAUGUAAGUGUAUAAAAAGAAGUAAUAAUUUUUUUGAUUCUUUUUUAAAACUUGAUAAAAUCUUUCUAUCGAG